CGGACACACCGGCCGGGCACUGUCCCUCAGACACACACCUCAUCAUUUCCUGCUGCAUCAACACACACGCACACACACACACACCGGUCGGCGGAGGAGACGGCAGCCGGUUUGCAGCAGACGGUUUGAACCAUCUUCUGGAGACAGACUGUAAAGUAGCAGGACAAAGCUGAGAUUGAUUUCUCACAGUGUGGAUCCAGACUUCUUCGCCCUGUUGAUCACCUGAAAUCUGGACAAAAGGUUUUUUCACUGCUACACAUCCUAACAUGGACAGGAAUAGGAAGUGGGUGCCGGGCACCGGAGCUGUGCUAUUGAUACUCUUCAGUCACAUGACUUCAGCGUUGGAAGUGCCUCUUGAUCCUAAAGUACUGGAAGGAUUGCCCCAACCCCCCACCAUAACGCUACAGUCCCCAAAGGAUUACAUCUUUGACCCACGGGAGAACAUCGUCAUCAACUGUGAGGCCAAGGGGAAGCCUCAUCCCAGCUUUUCAUGGACACGAAAUGGGACCCACUUUGAUGUUGAGAAAGACUCCAAAGUUCUGAUGAAGCCCGGUUCAGGAACUCUGGUCAUUGACAUCAGUGGGGAAAAGGCUGAGGCUUACGAGGGAACAUACCAAUGUACAGCUCACAACGAGCAUGGCACAGCUGUAUCCAACAACAUUGUCAUUAGGCAGUCCAGGUCCCCCUUGUGGUCGAAAGAGAGAAAUGAGGCCAUCACAGUGCAGAUGGGGAUUUCCCUCGUGCUGCAGUGCCGACCCCCUGCCGGGCUGCCCCCACCCGUCAUAUUUUGGAUGGACAAUAAUUUCCAGAAGCUUCCGCUGGAUUUAAGAGUGUCCCAGGCACUGAACGGAGACUUGUACUUCUCCAAUGUUCUCCCAGAAGACACCAGGAGUGACUAUAUUUGCUAUGCCCGCUUCCCCCAUACACAAACUAUCCAGCAGAAACAGCCCAUCUCAGUCACCGUGCUGGAGAGUAACCCAGUGGGGGAGCGCCAUCCUGGUUUCAUGACACCUCUGGGUACAACCAGCACCAAGAUGGUUCUGAAAGGGGAGACUCUGGAGCUGGAAUGCAUCGCUGAGGGCUUGCCCACUCCAGAGAUGACCUGGCAGAAGGACGGAGGUGAGCUGCCGAGCAGCAGGAUAACCUUCCAUAAUUUCCAAAAAACGCUGAAGAUUUCUGAUGUGAAUGAAGCUGAUGGUGGCGACUACCGCUGUACAGCCAAAAAUAAACUGGGCACUGCAAACCACAUCAUCAAGGUCACUGUCAAAGCGUCCCCUUUCUGGGUCAGUGCUCCCAGGAACCUGAUCCUCGCUCCAAAUGAGACUGGCAUCCUGACUUGUCGAGUCGGUGGAGAACCCAAACCGAAGAUUAGUUGGUUUGUCAAUGGAGUCUCCAUAGAAAAUGCACCUGAGGACCUCAGCCGCAAGGUGGAGGAUGACACUGUUAUACUCAGCAAUGUGCAGCCAGGGUCCAGUGCUGUCUACCAGUGUAACGCAUCCAAUGAAUUUGGCUACCUGAUGGCUAAUGCUUUUGUCAAUGUUCUUGCUGAACCACCAAGGGUACUCACUCCACCCAACAGAGUGUACCAGGUCAUCACCAACAGCCCUGCCUUACUACACUGUGCCUCCUUUGGUUCACCAAUACCAACUAUCACAUGGUUCAAAGACAUUCAGACCAGCAUUAAAAAUGAUGACCCAUAUGUGAUUCAUGAGAAUGGUACUUUGGAGAUCCAUGUGGCCCAGCCACUUAACAGUGGAAAGUACACCUGCAUUGCCACCAACAACUUAGGCAUCAAAGAGAACCAUGUCUACCUGGAGGUUAAAGAACCUACUCGAAUCCUGAAGCAGCCAGAGUACAAGGUGGUGCAGAGAGGCAUGAGCGCUGAGUUUGAGUGUAAAGUCAAACACGACCCAUCCCUCAUUCCAACAAUGAUCUGGCUCAAAGACAAUGGGGAGCUGCCUGAUGAUGAGAGGUUUGAGGUGGACACAGACAGUCUUAUUAUCAAGGAUGUGAUAGAGGAGGAUGAGGGCACUUACACCUGCAUCAUGAACACAACCCUGGACCAGGACUCAGCCAGUGCCAUGCUGACUGUUGUUGAGGCUACUCCUACUCCAGCUAUUGUCUACGAGCAACCUGACCCUCCGACUAAGCUGGAAUUGACUGACCAGACAGAGAGGACUGUUCAGCUCAGCUGGAUCCCUGGAGACGAAAACAACAGUCCCACACAGAAGUUUUUGAUCCAAUAUGAGGAUCUGCUACACCAGCCAGGUGUUUGGAUCAACCUGACAGAGGUUGAUGGUACAAGCACCAAGGCACACCUCAACCUCUCCCCGUAUGUCUACUACACCUUCAGAGUACUGGCUGAGAAUGAGGUGGGCUUCAGCCAGCCUAGCCAGGCAUCACGCCAAUACAGAACCAAUCCUGCAGCUCCUGAUGAAAAUCCAUCAGAUGUUCAGGGAGUAGGAACAGAGGCUGACAACUUGGUCAUUUCGUGGACACCCCUUACAGGAUUUCAGGCCAAUGGGCCUGGUCUGGAGUACAAAGUGCACUGGAGACAGAAGGAUGUGGAUCAGGAGUGGUCCUCAAGGACUGUGGCCAACGUUUCCCAGUGUGUCGUGACAGAAACUCCCACCUACGUGCCCUUUGAGAUCAAGGUUCAAGCUUCAAACGAUUAUGGCAAUGGACCAGAGCCUGGAGUGGUGAUUGGAUACUCUGGAGAAGAUGCUCCUCUGUCUGCUCCUGACAGUGUGCAGGUCAUCAUUCACAACAGCACGGUAGCAGAAGUUCACUGGGAGCCUGUCGUUCCCACCUCAGUCAGAGGCAAACUACAGGGUUACAAGGUUUACUACCGUCGUGAAAGGGGUUUGGAGGAGACAGAAACAGAGGAGACAGAGCAGGAGGAGCAGGUUUUGACGUUCAGUGGGAACCGCACCGAGGGACGUCUGCCAGGCCUCCAGCCGUACAGCCUCUACAACGUCCGCAUCAGAGUCCUUAAUAACAAAGCAGAAGGGCCUCCUAGUGCUGACAAGACAUUUGAGACACCUGAGGGAGUCCCAGGACGUCCUGCUUUUCUGAACGUCAAUCCUAGUUUGGACUCCCUCACUCUGACAUGGGGCGCACCACUGAGCAUCAAUGGACGCCUCUCUGGAUACAUACUAAAAUACCAACCAGUAAACAGCACCAAUGAACUGGGACCGCCCAAGGUCAUGACCUUUUUCGCCAAUGAGACCACCGUUACCCUGAGCAACCUGAACUCCAGCAUGCUGUACAAAUUUUAUUUAAGUGCAAAGACGAACAAAGGCUCUGGUCCCAUCAUCACAGAAGAGGCCUUUACAAUCAUUGAUACAACUCGUACUAAGCCCACUGUAGAGGCGGGCAAAGGCCCCACAGAGCCCCCUCACCCAACCUCCCCCAUCACUCAGUCUCCGCAUCCCCCGUUUCACAAGGCACCUCCUGUAGGGCCCCCAUUUGGAACGGUUAACACAUCUGUAUCGGAGGACGGUGCAGUGAUAAAUUGGGAAUACUUUGGACAUCAUAAGAAUGUAUAUGUGGAAUAUAUUGUAGAAAACAGUAAAGAGGACUGGAAAAAGGAGUUGGUAAAUGGUUCUCACUCACAUAUGAUAAAAGGUUUAAAGCCGGCAACAAUCUAUAGGGUGCGUGUGGUAGCUAGAGACCCAGCUGACCCAACGGUUCACAGCACUGACGAGGUGUUGGUUACAGUGCCAGCUGUACCUAGCCGUCAGGUAGACAUUGCCACCCAGGGCUGGUUUAUUGGCCUGAUGUGUGCCAUAGCUCUCCUCAUCUUGGUCCUCCUCAUAGUAUGCUUCAUCAAGAGGAACAAGGGUGGCAAAUAUCCAGUGAAAGAGAAAGAAGAUGCUCACCAAGACCCAGAGAUCCAGCCAAUGAAGGAGGAUGAUGGGACAUUUGGAGAAUACAGGUCUAUGGAGAGUGACACAGAGGACCACAAGCCACUGAAGGGUAGCCGGACGCCGUCCAAUGGGACGGUGCGCCGUGACGAGAGUGAUGACAGCCUGGUGGACUACGGGGAGGGCGGGGAUGGACAGUUCAAUGAGGAUGGGUCCUUCAUCGGUCAGUACAGCGGCAAGAAGGAGAAAGACACACAUGAAGGAAACGAGAGUUCAGAGGCCCCGUCGCCUGUUAACGCCAUGAACUCAUUUGUCUAACAAAGGGCCUGGCUGCAACGGAUUGCUAUGGCCACUCCUUGUCACCUUUGCAAUUGUGACCAUGGGAGCUCAUCUCUGUGGUGACAGUUGCUAAGGUGACAGUUGUUAUAGACACCUUUCUUUACUAUGGUGGCUGUCACUUAGGUGGCCAUCACCAUGGCUACCUGUCACCAAGACUGCUGACACACCCUCAUCUCCACACCCGCCGCCCUGGACCCCCCCACCCCCACCUUCCAAAAGCCCUUGUCACACUGUGACCUCCUCCUGAUCAACACACAGACACUCAACAUGGCAAAGACGGACACCACAUCCCCCAUGACCACUGAAAGAAGGUGUAAAACAAGGGA